AUGGCCCACAUCACCUCGGACACCCGAUCUACAAACCGACCGCGAAGCCCGGCGAUCCCGCAGAGUCCCUUUAAAAGAAAGCAGCGCAGACACUCAACACCUGAGAGCCACGUCCGGCAGCCAGCAGCGACAGCUCCCGCUCGGCAGCAAGACCCAACACCCCAGCCCAGAUCGGGGGAACACGAGAGAGAGGAACGCACCACGCAGGGCCGGGAGCCCCGAGGCCACGCACCCUCCCGCGGGGCUCUUCCCGACGGGGGAGCGGCCCGCGCCGCCUCCCGGCCGCCACCCCCCUCCCGGCCCCCGCGCAGCGCGGCGCAGCGCCUACCGACCUGCGCGCCGCGGCCUGCUGCUCCCGCUCGCUGCCGCUGCCGCUCUCGCCGCCGCCGCCCGGGCUCAUGCGGGGGCCGCGCCGCGCUCGGGGCCGGGCCGCAGGCGAGGAGGAGGAGGUGCCGCCGCCGCUGCCGGAGGAGCCGUCGGGGCGGAGAAGAGGGGCCCGCGGCCUGGCGGGAGGGGAAGGGAGAGGCGAGCGGCCUGGCGGGGCGGCGCGCAGAGGCGGGGGGGCGGGCCGGGCCCGCGGGGCGCCUCCUCUCGCGGCCUCGCUCGCACUCAGCCCCGCGCCACCAUCUUGGGAGAACGCGAUGUCAGCGCGGCGCAGGCUCGGAGGACUGGCGGCGGGCUGGGGGAGGCGAGAAGGCGGACUCGCCGCGUCCCAGCAUGCAGCGCGAGCGGAAGGAUGAGGCGGCCGCGCCACGCCACGCACCGUGCCGCACCAUAGAGUUCGCGGGCGGCUUCCCUUCUCACUCUUUCACUCGGGGCUCCCGGCGGAAGGGGGCCAGAGUGACGCUUGCGUGCGUGAGGCGGAAGCCGCCAUGUUGGAAGAGGGCAAAACCCGGGAGGUGGGAGCGAGGCGGGGUCUCCCGCUUGUCGGAGAGGGCGCGUAACCGAGUGUGCGCAUGCGCGGGCGCUGCUCGGCGCGUGCUGCCUGAGGGGGAGGUGCGGGCGUGUGAGGUCAGCCCCUGCACGCGCCUUCGUGUGCACGCGCAACUCUGCUUGAGGCACAUAUAUAAGCAACACGUGGGUAUACAGAGCCACGGGAACGGUGUAUGAAGCAUGCUGCCGAGAAGCUACUGGAUCUGCCCAGCUAAGUAAACUCUACAUCUGGAGAAAUGUGAGUGGAAUUCUCAGUGGAGAAGCCGCUUCUGUGUGCCUCCUCGCUAAGCCAUGCUGCAGCACUUGGGCAUCGCUAAGUGCUGCUGCUGAGGGAAAUGAGUGGUUCAGUGGUGUCUUGCAGUGAUCCCCUACACAGAAUGGGCUGCGGUGAGAUGCUUCAAUUACCUGACACAAGCAGCGCUGGCUAAAAAUGUGAAACCCAACAAUUAGAGCUAAUAGGCUGAUUGCUACGUAGAAGCCCUGCAGAAAACCUAAUCUCAGCAUCCAGACGUUUGUAAACAAGUGUCUUUUCUUCACUGCUGGAGGAGAGCAGAUGCGACUUGCCUCCCGAGCUGUGUGGAAUAGGCAGUGAUUUCCAGCAUGAGGAAAAGGAAAAAUUUUAAUUAAGAAUUGAAUUCCGAUUCACCAUUCACGUGUAGUGCUGGAGAGAUACCAUCGGGUCUGCUGCAUGUUAAUUUCAGAUGCUGAUGUCUCACUUCAGAGAGAAUAAUUUUCAUUGGAGAUAUCUUAGUGAGCAUAUGAAGAACGCUGCAUGUAUGCUAUUCUCAUUUCAUGUGAAAACUCCAAUACAAAGAGCCAAUAACACUCCUUU